AUGACCUUGGAUCCAGACCUUAGGAGGCUGAUGGAGUGGAUUAAAGAGUGGUUCAAGCAGAAGGAAAAAUGCAGAGGUACUAACCACGGGGAUGAGGCCACUACGACUGGAAAAAAGAAGCUCGGCCUGGGCCGGCCCCUGGGAGGUGCCGGGCGCAGGGUCCGCCCCGGCUUCGGAGGCGCCGGCCCAGGCUGGGCGCGGAGACCGGCGCGAGGCGGGCGGCGGGACGUUGGCAGCCAGGUCAGUCUUCCGCGCCGGGGUUCCGGGCUCACGGCGGUCGGAGCGGCCUCCGGGCCUGGCCGCGCUUCCCGACCCGGUCUCAGGUCGGCCCUGACUGCGGGCCCCGGGGCUCUCCGCUUCCCCGCGCCCGCGGACGGCUGGGCCGGCUCCGGUGGCGCGGAGAGAGCGGCCAGAAGCCAGCUGCGCCCGCGGUGCCGCCCCCCAGGCCGCUGGGAACCAGCUUGCCCCGGAAACCGGCCACCAGAUACGAUGCCACCAAGAAGACAAGAAAAGUGCAAGCUCCCUGUUCCACUUCCAGAAGGCAAAGUUCUGGAUGACAUGGAAGGGAAACAGUGGGUGCUGGGCAAGAUGAUCGGCUCUGGAGGGUUUGGAUUAAUAUACUUAGGUAUUAUUCUCUCCAGAUACACUGCUUUGGCGGACAUGUUAUCAGCAUCUGUUGCCUGAGGCUGAGAGGAAACUAGCCACAGUCUAGCUCAUUGUGCCUGCAUUUAACUGUUCUCCAGCUUUGAGGUCAAUAGCCCAGGCCUUUCAGUAAUCAGCAACUUAGAACAAAGGGUAAGGGGCAG